AUGUCUCUCUUCGCCUCGCUCAACAAGCCCGCGGGCCAACCAGCCUUUGGCGCCACCACGACUGGUGCUUUUGGCCAGUCGCAGCCAGCCCAACCGCAGCAGUCCAACACCAUCUUUGGCCAGUCGCUGAACCCUCAGCAAGCGAACCCCCAGCAGCAGCCGCAGCUGUCGCAAUCAUUAGGGCAGCCCCAGACCGCCCAGCUUGGAAGCUCGCUAUGGCAACCAGCGGCCGCAGCUCCUCACCAGAAAUCGGUCACAGAUCAGAUGGGCCUGCUUUACGAGAAAUGGAACCCUGCCAGUCCCAACUGUGUCUUUAAGCACUACUUCUACAACAAAGUCGACGAGGCGCGCAUCCCUUACUACCAACCGGGCCCUAACGAGGAUCCCAAGGAAUGGGAGGAGGCGCUGCAGAACAAGCCGGCACCGGGCUUCAUGCCCGUUCAAGCAUCUGGGUUCCAGACGUUGGCGGAGAGGUUGUUGGUCCAGAAGAAGGCCAUCAGCACGUUCAACGCCAAGCUCCACGAGAUCAACGCCAGCCUCGACGCCAUUCUGUCACGACACGACCUGGAGACCAGCGUGCGGUCCCUCACGGCGAGGAGGCGGCAUGCGGAGCUCAGCAAGCGAUGCUUGGCCCUGGCAGCAAAGAUCCAGGUGCUGAGGAAUCGCGGCUACUCGCUCACCGGCGAUGAGGACGACCUUAAGCAGAAGCUGCAGGCGAUCGAGCGUGGCAUGCAGGACCCGGCGCUGAGCGCCCGCAUGGAGGAGCUGUGGAGCCGGCUGAUUGUGCUGCGCAACUACUCUGAGGCGCUCCGAUCAGAAGUGAGCAAGCGCGGUCUCGGAGAGGCUGAAGGCCUGGAUGAGGAGAUUGAGCAGAAGGCGAAGAAGAUUUUGGAGGACUAUGAGAAGCAGCUGCAGCACCUCAAGAAGGAGACGGAGCUGCUGCACAAAGACUUUGAGGCCUAUGACAAGGAGCAGGCUGCUUCGGCCGCGAGAUGA